AUCUGCCGUCUGCCAAAUCACUGAUGCCAACUACCUCUCCAGAGCAGAGUCAAUCAGCACCGUAGAACUGCAGAGCAGAGAACACCGUGCUCUUCAACACUACACCCCCUGCUCCUCAACACUACACCCCCUGCUACUCAAUACUACACCCCCUGCUCCUCAACACUACAACCCCUGCUCCUCAACACUACACCCCCUGCUCCUCAACACUACACCCCCUGCUCCUCAACACUACACCUCCUGCUCCUCAACACCACCCCCUGCUCCUCAACACCACCCCCUGCUCCUCAACACCACCCCCUGCUCCUCAACACCACACCCCCUGCUCCUCAACACCACACCCCCUGCUCCUCAACACCACCCCCUGCUCCUCAACACUACACCCCUGCUCCUCAACACUACACCCCCUGCUCCUCAACACUACACCCCCUGCUCCUCAACACCACCCCCUGCUCCUCAACACCACCCCCUGCUCCUCAAUACCACACCCUGCUCCUCAACACCACCCCCUCCUCCUCAACACCACCCCCUGCUCCUCAACACCUCAACACCACCCCCUGCUCCUCAACACCACACCCCUGCUCCUCAACACCACCCCCUGCUCCUCAACACUACACCCCCUGCUCCUCAACACCACCCCCUGCUCCUCAACACCUCAACACCACAGACCCUGCUCCUCAACACCACAGACCCUGCUCCUAAAUACCACCCCCUGCUCCUCAACACCACCCCCUGCUCCUCAAUACCACCCCCUGCUCCUCAAUACCACCCCUGCUCCUCAAUACCACCCCCUGCUCCUCAACACUACACCCCCUGCUCCUCAACACUACACCCCCUGCUCCUCAACACUACACCCCCUGCUCCUCAACACUACACACCCUGCUCCUCAAUACCACACCCUGCUCCUCAAUACCACACCCUGCUCCUCAACACAACACCCUCCUCCUCAACACCACCCCCUGCUCCUCAACACCUCAACAUCACCCCCUGCUCCUCAACACCACACCCCCUGCUCCUCAACACCACCCCCUGCUCCUCAACACCUUCCCCUGCUCCUAAACACCUCAACACCACCCCCUGUGCCUCAAUACCACCCCCUGCUCCUCAACACCACACCCCUGCUCCUCAACACCACCCCCUGCUCCUCAACACUACACCCCCUGCUCCUCAACACCACCCCCUGCUCCUCAACACCUCAACACCACAGACCCUGCUCCUCAACACCAAAGACCCUGCUCCUAAAUACCACCCCCUGCUCCUCAACACCACCCCCUGCUCCUCAACACCACCCCCUGCUCAUCAACACCACCCCCUGCUCCUCAACACCACUCUCUGUUCCUCAACACCACUCUCUGUUCCUCAACACCAUCCCCUGCUCCUCAACACCACCCCUUGCUCCUCAACACUACACCCCCUGCUCCUCAACACCACACCCCCUGCUCCUCAACACCACACCCCCUGCUCCUUAACACCACACCCCCUGCUCCUCAACACCACCCCCUGCUCCUCAACACCACCCCCUGCUCCUCAACACCACAAAAACUCCUGA